AUGGUGGCGACAAUGCGAAUACGAUCAAGCAUUGCUUGCGUGAGAUGCAGACGAUCUAAGAUAAAAUGCGACAACACUGGCCAGCUGGAUUCUCCCUGCGAGAACUGCAAGAAGAGCGGUAGCAAUUGUUCCUGGCCCGCCCCAGUUCCGUUGCCAUCUAAAAGGCCCAUGUCCCCGCUUGACAAUAAGCAAGAUGCCAGCGUCACGGGCUUUGGGCGGAAACGACCGCGAAUGGCUGGCAAGGCCAAGGUGCCAAGAAAUAAUUGCCACGAGGUCUUGCAGGCUAUUCGGUGCGUCGAUAGAGGGCGGUGGGAUAAGAUACUGGCUACUUUUCAACAGCAUUUUGCGGUUGAACUCCCAUUCAUUCACGCGCCGACAAUCAAAAGGACGAUUUAUGGCUUAACCACUGGGCAAGACCAGAUGUCUUUUGAUACAAGUCUGGUCCUUCUCGGGAUCUUGGCAUUGGCAGGAAGAUACCAUCCAGACCUAUUACCGCUCGCAGAGCGCAUGCUAGACGUCGAACCCGACUCCCGCUACGACGAGAACACACCUCACGACCAACUGGAAGGUCACGCUACUUCUGACUCAUUUGCGAGGCUGUUGGAUAAUUCGCUUGGCUCUUUCCUGAAGGCAACAUCUAUUGGAUCGGUUGAACGCGUCCAGGCCCUCCUCAUGCUUGCGCUCUAUGAAUGGAUCUCGCCAGACCACGAAGGCCUUUCAGCCUGGAUGCUUAUUGGAGCAGCGGGGCGCAUGGCGCAAGCACUCGGGCUCGGACACGAGAGCAAGCCAAAUCCUACAAGCGAAGAGGCAGCUGGCGAACGAGAGAUCAGACGCAGAACGAUGUUCAGUUGUUUUAUCUUCGAUCGUCUCAUUUCGUGCGGCAAAGAGAGACCCUUCUUCAUACGCUCUGAAGACAUGCACAUUCAUUUGCCAUGUGCCAAAGAAGACUUUGAUUUGAGCCGUCAAAAUCAACAACCAUUUCUCUCUAGAAAUCUGUCCGAACCCGAGACGCUCCGCGAAUGCAGUCUUCUCGGGUGUUUUAUUCAACUGACGGACAUAUGGGGUCGAAUUUCCCAGUACACGAACGCAGGAGGUCGUUUUUUCGAGAAGAGUGUCCCGCCUUGGAGUCAUGCUUCUUCGUUUUACAAAUUGCGGCGAGAAUUGGAGACUUUCGGUCAAGGGCUCGAUAGCCCGGGCAUGUUCUUAACGAUGAACACUGCCAACUACUUCCGCCACGAGAACAGUUCAAGCACUUUUGUCCUCUUACACCUCCUGUAUUCCCUCUGUACGAUAAUGAUCCAUCGCCAGUAUCUUCCAUUCGUCCCCAUCAAUUGCCAGAAGCCGAGCGGUCCACUAGACGAGCCAACAUUUCCGCAAAACGCGGUCCCUUUUGGAUUCUGGGAGGAGAGUGCCAGCGAAGUAUUCGGAGCAGCAGAGACUGUUGUUUCUUUGAUCCGCUUGUCAGGUGGAAAUCUUCCGCACUCGCCUCUCGUCGCAUUUGUUAUCUAUACGGCGUCAUUUGUGGCUAUCUAUGCUAAAUACUUUCCGCACAUGGAUGCCCGGGGCUCCUUGUCCGGUAACCUAGAGCUGUUCAGCCAGGAUUCCGGGAUUGCAUCGAAUAGUGCGUGUCGCAGUAAAACUGCCAUCAUGCUUGACGCCCUGAAAAACAUGGCAAAGAAAUCCGGAGUGGCAGCAGCGUUCGUCGCAAGAUCUGCUGAAGUGGAUCAGUACUUUUCCGCUAUGGUCCAAGAUCACCAUCAUAAUCUCAGGUAUCGUACUUCACCUCAGCUGCCAAUAGACGGGCAGCUUGGUGUCCGCAUGGGAGGUAAUACUGGAGGGCUAGAAGAAUGGGUGGAAAAUUCCGACAGAAUGGUUAGCAAUAGCUCGAUCAUCAGGGACGGCUAUUCUAAUCGAGAUCUCAACCAGAUGCGCCUCGAAAAUCCGACUCGAGAAAAAAACACACAACAAGAUGUCUCCGCUCCUCCCGGCGUAAUUACGACGCUACUCGAAGUUCCUCCUCCAACGGCCUCAGAGUCACAAAAUCAACAAUCUACACCGGCCAACGAGAAAGUGUUGGGCGUCGAGGACCAUAUGCAACCUCCCCCAUUGACUUUGGUACCCACGCAUGUUACGAGCGAGGACCAGUCCGCAUUAUUAGGAAGCACAUAUGCCGACGACUGGAGCUGGGCGUUCCUUCACGACAUGUACCUGGGAAGUGUUUCGUUCGAUCCGGAGGAUGUUUAG